AUGUCGGACGGGGGCGGAGGUACCGGUCACACGGCCGGGUACGAACCCGUCCGCGGGGCGGAGGAUACCGGCAGCUUCGGCCUGGGUAGCCUCACGAGCUUCCUCAGCAGUCAAGCUGGGGCGGUGGAGUCGCGCGCGAAAGCCGUCGCUUCCGCGGUGCGAUCCGCAACCUCCGCCGACGCGCGGACCGCCGCGUCUUACUCUCUCCGAGAUCGGGCGAAGGAGAUCGACGCCAUGUUCAGGAUCGACCCCGAGGAGGCGAGGGCACGCGGCGGCAUCGCGGGACUCGUCCACUCCUGCGAGGUCGCCCUGGAUCGAUACGACGCGACGCACGCGCACCACCUGUCGCGCAUGGAGGCCGCAAAUGCGCUCGCCGAGGACGUCCGGACAAGACUGGAGCGUAGUCGCGCGUCCUGGACGGAGCUCGAGCGCGAAACCAGCACCCUCUCCGACGUCACGGACUCGGUUUGGAAACUGGGCGCCGACGUGGACCGAGUGUGCGCGCUGCUCAAGGAGACGGAGGACAUGCUGCUGGAGGCGGAGGUCGCCAUCGGGCUGGACGAGGUGUACGCCAGGGAUGCAGAGACGCGACUGUCCAAACGGGCCGCGGAGAUUGCGCGCAGGGAGGAGGUGGAGCGGAUGGAGCGCUUCCGAGAGGAAAUGGCCGCGCAGGCGCAGACCAACCAGGUCGCGCAGCGCUCCAGGCAGGAGAUUGCGCUCGAGGAAGAACUUAAGCGCGACCUGGACGUCAUACGGAAGUCGGCGAGGAAGCAGGCGAAGCGGGAGGGCAAAUCGGGGUUCACGCCGGAGCGACCCGCCCCUGAGGACCACUUCGGGUUGCUGGCAAAGGACGGGAGGAAAACCAACGAUGACGUGGAUGACACGCCGAUUGGUCCCAAGCGUGGGAGCCUCGCGGCGGCGGCGGCGGAGCUCGACGUGGCGGGUAGUAUGCGCGGGUCGAUCAAUCGGGACCUGGACGAUUUCCUGGAAGACAACGAGGAGGAGGAGGAGGAUGGCGGCGGGGACAUUGUGGGGGAAAAGUCAGAGCGGCUCUACACCGUGUACGGGCUGAGGCGACAGGCGGACGCCACUCAGGCGGCCACGUCGGAUGCCAAAGAGAGCGGCGCAUCGUCCUGGUUGGCAUCCACCGCGGAGGCGGUCGGCCUGGCGCGGAAAAAGGAGAAAGACGACGGGUCGGUCGUGGUGAACUUGAGGGCGCCGCUGACGACCAUGGGCGCGGGCGAUGACGUAUUCGUCGAUGAGAUGCCGGGCAUAAAACCCAAACCGAAGACCGAAUCGGAAGAUGCGGCGACAACGGAGAAACCCGAAGCACCGCACGAACCGGGUGUCGGAGAGCAGAUGUCGGAGCAGGUAAGCGCGGCCGCGGCUGCGGCGGCGGCGCGCGCGGAGGCCGCCGCGGCCGCCGCGAGGGCGCAGGCUGAGGCAGCCGCCCACGCAGCCGGUGAGGCGGCCGCGGCGGCGAAGGCGCAGGCGGAGGCUGCGGCUGCCGCCGCCAGGAAGAACGCCGAGGCUGCCGCGGCCGCGGUGUCCUCCUCCGUCUCCUCGGGGUGGUCCAGCUUGCUCAGCUUUGGUCAGGCGGCGACCAACCACGCGAACAAACUCGCCGCGGACGUGUCCAACACCGUCAACAACACGGUGCACAGCACGCACGAGCGCUGGCAGCAGCAUCUGCAGGGAAGCGGCACGAGCGUUGCGGACCCCGCCGAGGGCGGCGACGGGGUGGGCGCACCCGCGCCGGAGAUACCCCGGGAGACACCGGCGGCGGAGAAGGAGGCGAAAAAGGAGGAGGCCGAGUCGCCCGCACCCGCCGCGUACAAGGUGUCUCCAACCUCCGAUCGUGUCGACCGCGACGAGGGGUUCGACGAGGUCGUGAGCAAAGAGGGGUCGCGGCGGUUCUGGGAAGAAAAGGACGCGGCGGCGUCGCCCAGGGCGACGGAUUCGCCGCCGCAGGUCAAGGACAGCGAGGCAAAGCCCAAGGCCACCAUCGCGCCUGCCGGCAUGACCAAUGCGAGGGUGACGUCCAUAAGUGACAUGGUAAGGAUGCCCUUCGACGCUUUCCGCGAGACCGUGGCUCCCCCAGUGACGCCACUGCGCUCGUCAUUGUCCCUGGAUACCUUGAGGCAGCGGUUGGGCCGCAUAUCGCGAGACCACGCCGCGUUGGACCCUUCGGAGGAGAGGCGAAGGACGUUUUGGCAAUCAGGCGGUCUCUUUGCGCCAGGUAUCCCUUACGUCAUGGGGCUCGAGGACGGCGAUGAGGAGGAGGAUCCCAGCCUGAGCUACGAAGCUCUCUCGGAGCUGGACAAUGUUCCGAGGCGGGGGUUCACGAGAGCUGAGUUGCAGCAGCGGCUGAGACGGUCGAGACGGUUACCUGUAGGGGCAGAGUGCCCGAUCUCUCGCGAGGGGUUCAAGGAGGGUGAGAAAGGGGUACGAUUACCGUGCGACUGCGUGGACGUCUGGUUCAAGGAGGCUCCGCUGGAGCGCUGGCUCGCGACGUCGAGAAGCUGCCCGGUGUGUCGAAAGGAGCUGUAG